AUGCAGAAGUGUAAAAUUGAAAUGCAGAACUACUUCCACCGGAUAAAGCGAAAUACUUACCGAGCAAAUGUACAAAUUGAAAAGACACCGAUCUCUGAUCAAGAAACUCCAUCUUCAAGUACAAGAAAUUUGCGUGAUGACACUCCAAGUCCCAAACCGGGUGAUACAGUGGAUGUUUCUCCACCUCAAACCGCACAGUCUUGGGGCAAUGGAGGACUGCAACAGGUUGGGAUACUAAGUAGAGAAGCUCAAUUCGGAAAGUUUUCUUUGGAAAAUAUACUCUCUGUACCAGAUGUUCUGAGACCUCACCAUCCAACGAGGCCACCAACUCACAGUGCGGAUAGCUUUGAUGAUCCGAUCACAUGUAACAUGCUCAGUUUUCCUGUAGCAUUGGGGUUAUUCGAUAGUUUCAUGCGUUGUUUAAAUCCAUACGUUUGUCAACUAGAUACCAAGCUCCAUACCUUUGACUAUGUUCGCCAACGUUCAUCAUUCCUCCUCACAGCAAUUCUGUCAGCAUCCUCUAAGGCUUUUCACCCUGCACUUCAUCCCACACUUAGGUCUCAUACCGAGAAUUUACUUGGGAAGGUAUUUGCGCGGGGAAUAAAGUCCACAGAGACUGUACAAGCCAUCCUGGUCUUCACUUACUGGAAAGAGCCGGAGGAGACACGUACUUGGUCACUUGUUGGUUAUGCUAUCCACCGGAACAAUUUAAUUUCUAAAGCGAGCGAAUGGUAUCAAGAAGCAUACGCUGCACCUGGCGGGGAUAUGCUCCUCUCAGCAUUCGUCUGUCUACGAGUAAUAAGUGCUGAGAUGCUCGAGCUUGCAUCAUCCAUAAAGCUAAAAGCUCAAAGUUCUCGGUCAGAAAUGUUAUCUCGACUCCUUAAUUCUGAAAUUAGCACCUGGGAAAAGGGUUGGUUGCACAAGUUUGAAGAUGAGACUGUUGCCGCCCCACAGCAGUUUCUUGUCAACUUCUAUGGUUUACAUCUCCGGCUUCUUCUCAAUUCGUAUAUUUUACAACAAUCUCUUCAUUCUGCGAGGAAGGGAAGUGCAGUGUCGAAGUCCGCAUUAUGGCAAUGUUCAUCAAGUGCAAUUGGCAUGCUAGAUAACAUUUCUAAAGUUAUAGGGCCUCUCAAGCAGCUUUACUUUGUACAAGACUCAGUACAUGUGAUGACUGCUUAUGCUGCAAUUUUCCUUAUAAAGUUACUCGUAUCUCUUCCCAAGAAUCUGCGCGCAGAUCUCGAGACACAAUCACUACAAGCGAUUCUUCUCUCGUCCGAUACAUUCUCUCAGCAAUGCGCCACUCAGAUGACUGGUUGUGCUAUGCAAGCACGAUUUCUCAAGAGUCUCGUGGAGAAAUAUCAAAUCUUGAAAUCUCAAGCCAGCAACAAAACCAGAGAUCGUAGCAACCAUUCAUAUCGCUGUGAUAUACACCCAGUACAGACUUACCUCCAUGAUCAUAUGAAUUCCACAAUCAAUACAACUCACUGGGUUCCUGAAACCAUUGAACCUUAUCAAGACACCGAAGAUUUUGCAGAAACAAACUCAUUAACAGACAGCACAACCGAUUUCAAGACGGAUCUAUCGGCCGAUAAGGAAAUCUGGGAGGGUUUAUUGACCGAUGUUGGAUUUUGGUUGAGCGAGGGGAAUUUCUUAUUGGAUAACACUGUCCUUCAUUGA